CUGUGUGCUUGCGAAAUCACCGGAUUCACUUUAGUCUGAAGUCACCAAUACUGGAGCAUGCGCAGUAAGAUCUAAUUUCCCAGACAGCAAAAGAAGUGGAAUAAUCCUGUCUCACCCUGAUUUACUGUGAAAUUCAGGGGCUUGUGUGUUUUAACAACGAUACGAGUUUAACCCACAGUAAUUAAUUAGCAGAAAGGGUGACACCAGAACCAUCGCUAUUAUUUCUCUUUUUGCAAGUUAAACUUUCUUUUAAUUAUGAUCCUCAUACUCGUAGAAAUGUUUUCGAAUUCCAAGCAUUAAAAUUAAUGUAUUGCAUCUGAGUGGUGGAAUACUUAUCAUGAGACAUCAGAAGAGCUUUCUUACUUUACUUCGGGACCAAAAAACUUCUAGACAAGAGCAAACUGAACUUCAAUCAUAAAAUUUAUAGAUUACAUUUGUUAUCAGUGUUUCAGUUGAAUACAUCAGUUUUAUGUGUGACUUGUAAACUCUUUAGAAAAUAGGCAUAAAAUUGACUGUAAAGAACUAAUAGCAUCUUACUAAUAGUUAAAAUAACGAUAUCAUCUUUUUGUCCUCAAGAAUUUUUUUUUUAUUUCUGUGAAGGAUGGAUAGGAAAGAAAUUCCCAGCAGGUUUUUUAAAUUCGGGACUUGGAACGUACGUGGUUUAAAUGAAGAAAAAAAAAAGAAGAAAAUUUUUGCUGAAAUUGAAAGAGAAAACAAAGAUGUGGUUGUACUUACAGAAACUAAACUCAGAGGGUAUGGAAAAGAGGAAUAUUCGAACUAUAUCCACGUCUACGGCGGCGUUCAUGAUGAUCCUGCCAGAGCCGGCGUCUCUGUUCUGGUCAAAAAAAAACAUUCCUUUGGUAUGCGAUGGAAAGUAAUUAACGAACGAAUAAUCAGAGUCAGACUUAAAGUGGGGGCGAAUAAAAUUGUGAUCAUUGGUUUUUAUGGGGAUAAUGUGUACGCUCGGAAUGAAUCCAGAAUUGUGAAAGCAUUAAAAAAAGUUAUAGAAGAAAGUAUUACAGACGAGAUGGUCAUUUUAGGGGAUUUCAAUGCUUGGGUUGGUACAUCCGAAGAUAGCAAAGAAAUUGGAAAAUUCGGCGAUGAGAGAACGAACAAUAAUGGCGAUAUUCUUAUUCAAAUUUGUAAGGAUUUUCGUUUAACGAUUUUAAACACCUUUUUUAAACAUGAAGACAUACGUACAUACACUUGGUACGAUAGUAAGGGCACAAAGACAAUAAUUGAUUUUUGCAUAGUCAGACAAGACACUAAUUUGAAGUUUUUGGAUGUUUCUGCUUAUAACAGCCAGAUAACAGAUCAUAGUUACGUAGAGGCGUUGGCAUUAAUUCCAAAUUUCUCAUUAAACGUGUAUAAUUCCCAUUUGCUAUUUAAUGGGACAAUUGAAAAACAAUAUCAAGAUAAUCUUGAUAGCUAUCUUCAUUUUGCAUUCCAGAAUAAUGGGUUUAAUUCAGCAGCUGAUUUGUAUAAUAUCUUCAAGAAAGCGAUACAUUCUGCCGCUACUGAAGUCUUGGGAAUUGAUGGACAGGGAGAUAGAUCCUUAUUUCUGUUGAGUGGAAUUAAAAAACGUUCAACUGAUAUUUUACCUUUGGAAAAAGAUGCAUUUGAUAUUUCACUUAAUGAAAAGUUACAAGUUUGGAAAGGAAUUUGCCAAGUUGUUAAUGAAAUUUCAGAAGAAAAGCAUUUUCAAAGGAAAAAAUUUAUUUGUAACAUCUUAAAAGAAUUAGAAAAUCAGCCUGUUACAACUCUGACAGCAGAUAAAAAAUUUCUUGAAAACUAUUUUAAAGAAUGCCGCUCAGAGUUUAUUGAUGAUUUAGAAAAUACCAUUGAACCAUCUGAUAUUCCUAUACCUGUAACUCUUCAAAAUAUCAAAGAAGUUUUGAAUGAAUUCGAAGAUACUGACUUGCCAUCACCUGGUGGCAUUAGCAUGCGACUGCUGAAGCAUGGAAGCUAUGCAUUGAUAAAUGUUUUACUCUCGUUAAUUCAAGCCAUCCUUGGUGGUCAAACAAUACCAGAAGAAAUUAAUGAAAUGUUUUUCUUUUACCAGUCUGGUGACGAAGAACAGUUAAAUCUUAUAAAUUGUUCAAAAUGCGUUUCCCACACUGUUAUGCAGGUCAUGAGUGCAAUUAUAAGGAAUUCUAUUAAAGAAAGACUUGCAUUUCAAGCAAAAUGCAAACUAAUUCAUGAAGUAUCAUGUUUGGAUGCAACUUUUAUUCUAAGAAGAUUACUUUUGAAGAGAAAUAUACACUUGCAUUUAGUUUUCAUCAAUUUGGAGGAAGCUUUUCUUGAUGUUCCACGCAUAAAUAUGAUUAAUGAGCUUCAAAAUAUAGGGAUUGAAGACUCCUUAGUGAAGAUAGUUGAGCAUCUAUACAAAGACAACACUGUUCGCAUGAUCUUUUCAAGCGAAAUUUCUAAUCUUAGUUACCCAGUAUCUAAAGGGCUUAAGAAAGACUGUUCGUUAUCCCCAACAUUAUUUAAUGUUUACAUUCGAAGGGCAAUAAAAGAUUGGUUAAAAGAAAACGAUAAAAAGGAACUGUCCUUGGACACCCCAUAUAUGUUUUCGUUCCUUUCGGAACAAACGAAUUUAGUUGUUCUUUCCGAUAGUCAAAAGCAUCUAAGUGUUGCAAUUGAGAGCCUGCUGAAACAUUUGGGGAAACUAAAUUUGCAAAUCAGUUUCAAAAAUAUCAAAUAUUUAGGGAUAACCGAAGAUGAUGAACGUAAACUGAAGAUCGGCAAGAAAAACAUAGUCAGUGAAGACUCUAUUGAGUUCCUUGGAUCGGUAUUGGAAAGAGGUGGCGGAAACGCUAUCGAUAUUAAAAAUCGAAUUAUAGAUACGAAGAAUGCAAUCUUUGACAUGAACUUCAUAGCACAUAACGGGAUGAUUACCGAUGAAUUAAAGAAAUACUUUUACCAAACAAUCAUUGAAAACAGCCUAACCUUUGGUUGUGAAACGUGGCUUAAUUUUGAUGAAGACUUUCAGUUGGCUCUUCUCGACGUUGAAAUGUUUUAUUGUAGGUUGAAUAAUUGUCCUCCGCAAGAAAGGAAUGUUAUUUCUGUAGUGCAUGAAAGGAAGGAAGUUUAUUAUAAUGAACCAUUACAAUAUAAGUGGCCAAAACACUUUCUGGAAUGGUGCGAAAACCACUUGGAAUCGAAUCCCGAAAGGCUAAUUAAAUGGACCGAGGGCUAAGGUUCUUUUUAAAACAUAAUCUGAAAAAAAAAACUUAAACUUAAAUGUGAGUUAAUGCUACUUCACAUUUUUGUCGCUGCUGUUAUGCGUAAUUAUAUUAUAUUAUGUCAUUUUCAUAUCACCUAUUUAUAAUGAUGUUAUUAUAUCAUUUAUAUACGAUUAUGUGAAUAUGCUGUUAUGUCGAUAUGCUUAUAACGCAUUACUAAUCUGUUAUUUUAUAAAUUCAUAAUCUUUCCAUAUUGAUUAUUGAACGGAAAACACAUGAAAAUGCUUUCUAAGCUAUAAAUUUAUUUUUAGGCCUUGAACAUUUGUUUUUGUCAACUAGGUGCAUCAAUUGUAUAAUUUUGUUUUCUAAUGUAUUUACUUUUGUUUUCGAUCUGUGUAUGAAAUUACAGCUUUUUGUCUUGAUUAAAAAUUAUUAAAAUUUUUUAAAAAAAUAUG